AUGUCGCAAAAACUCAUUGCGUCCUAUGUUGAUCCUUCCAAACCUGGUUCUUUAAGAGAUGUUCGGACUUUUGCAAAUGCACAAGGCAUUUCACCUAUCGAAGCUCAGAAGCAGUUGGAGCAGACUUUAAGUUAUACCUUACACAAACCACGCCGCCGUCGUUUUCUUACCUUACCUACCAUGGUGUAUGGUAUCAAUGAACAAUUUAUGAUGGAUUUGGUGGAUCUCCAGAAAUUAGCCAAAUGGAACAAGGGCUACAAAUAUUUACUGACCGUGACUGAUGUGUUAUCCAAAUAUGCUUGGGUGGAACGGUUGAAACGUAAAAGUGCCACAGAACUGGUCGCUGCUUUAGCGCUGCUUUAGAACGUUUAUGGAAACGUUUAGGAACUCGACAUCCUGAGAAAGUACAGACGGAUUCUGGCAGUGAGUUCUAUAAUUCCAAGGUGCAAGCAUUUUUCAAGAAACAAGGAGUCCAUCAUUUUUCUACGCAUGGUGAUCCUCAUGGCUCUGUCGUGGAACGCUGGAAUCGAACAUUGAAAACAAAAAUGUUUCGUUAUUUUACGGCUAAAAACACACUCAAGUAUAUUGAUGUGUGACCGGCUUUAGUCAAAGCGUAUAAUCAUUCCUUUCGUUCUAGUAUUCAAAAGAAACCUGUAAAUGUCACCAAAGAAAAUGAAAAUGAGAUUUGGUAUCGUUUGUAUGGGAAGUACAAGGGAGAAGUGGUCAAAAAGACCAAAUGUAGUGUAGGGGAUAAAGUAAGAUUGAAUAAAAAAAUUUCGUCCUUUUAAGAAAGGCUAUCUGCCUGGUUGGACGGAAGAAGUGCUUUUAGUGCAACAGAUUUAAACCACCAAACCUGUAGUCACGUAUAAACUGACGGAAUGGAAUGGCACACCUCUAAAAGGCACGUUUUAUGAAAAAGAUGUUCAAAAAGUGGUCGUGCAGGAUGAUGCUUUAUUUCGUAUUGAUCAAGUCUUAAAACGGAAAGGCAAUCAAGUGUUUGUGUCUUGGAAAGGGUGGCCUAAAGAGUACAACAGUUGGAAUUGGAAAAAAGACAUGCAAGUACUAUGAAUGAAUUUCGACUGACCCUGAUCAGUCAAAAUAUCCUCAGCUACCGUCUCAUCCCUAUAGUCCUCAUAGGGCCCCUACACAAAAAUCUAUAAAUAGAGUUACCUUAAAAAAAUUCAUUUGUCUCUAAAGGUGAAAGAAGAAACAACAUGCCCUAUAAAUAUGGAAAAGUGUGCCCCAUCUGUGGGAAACCCGACAUUCUUAAACUCAGUGAUCAUUUACGGCAAGUCCAUCAACUCUCAGUGGAAAAACGUCAACCGUAUCUAAGAACAGCCCUAUAUUGCAAUACGACAGACUCUUUUAGCCAGCAUCAUUUGGAGAGCUAUCCUUACCCUAAUUUCCAACUACAACAUAUGUUUAAUAUGAUUGUGGUAGGACCAACUAAAAGCGGAUAAACUCACUUAGUGAAGCAAAUUCUAACCAAGAAUUGUAUACGGUACCACAGUCCAAGAAAGCCUCGUCAAAUCUACUGGUUUUAUAAUCAAUGGCAGGACGGUUAUAAAACUCUACCAAAACAGCUUGGAAAGGAAAUCAAGUUUAUUCAAGGAUUGCGUGAACUAAAAGAAAACAUGAGCGAUGAUUAA